AUGAGCUCUGUUUCGUUGACAUCGGCAAUGGCUAGAGAAGGCAAUCCUAGUCAAGCAGAUAGCUCAGGUGUUUCCUUUGGUGCUACAUCUCCUACAUCAUCGACAGGAUCAUCAGCAUCAACAAUAAAUGCAGCAGGGGAAAAUACAAACAUACGUGAUCAAGAAUCUCAAAACGAUUUGAGUAAUGAUCCAGCAUCAUCGCUUUCUACAUCUCCCAUUUUCGAUUGGCGAUCACGAUCUGUCUCUGCUCCUGCUUCUAGAUCUUCAUCGUUCGCCAAAAAUCUCGAUCAGCUUGCCUUUCUCAAUCAAUCGGCACACAGGUUUCCCGUCACCCUACCUUCUGUGCCUAGCAGCAAUGGAUCGCAUGGAACAGAAAAUACCGAGCGGGGUGGUCCAUCGCCUCAAAAUAACAUGUCAAGCCCUACCGUAAAUCCACAACCCAUCGCAAGUAGUUCAAGAGCAAGAACGAUUGCUAGUCGAUCUACGCCUACUUCGCCUCAUCUAUCUCCUGCUCUGUCUUCUGCGUCAGCGUUUAGCAGAUCAGCUGGAAAUCCAUCUCUUAUGAGCGAAGGAAUACCGACCCGGCAAACUUUUGCUGACUCACGCCAUUCACCCGCAGCAAGAGCAAGAGCUGCUCUUUUCUCGCCCGGAUCAGGAUUCACUCCGGCUCAUGAUCAGAGCAUGACCAGACCACAAAAUCCAACACAGCGAGCUAGAACGAGUGCUGCCGAGAGCAGUAAUGAAGCCACACACUCUGACCAUGUCACACCCUCGAAUGGAAGAGCAAGAAGGCAGCGGGCUAGAUCAACUUCGGCAACAGAAGCUGUGAACGAUCAAGCGGAAGGUCGAUCACGAGCAAGCUCUGCGAGUGCAGGAUCAACUUCCUCACCACAUACGAGACCACAAAGGGCAAGAGCACAAUCUGCUCGUACAUCUCCAACCCUUACGAGUACACACUUGUCACCUAAUACAGCAUCCUAUAACCCAAAUCUACAAAUUUCAACUGCAUUUGAUCAAGGCCCUCACCGAACGAAUUCCGUUCCUCAUUUUGCACAAUAUUCGCCGGUGAUAUAUAGUUAUGGAUAUCGACAUUGCGAUUCACAGGGUGGACUGGCACCAACAGCGACUGCUUUUGUGCCAGCUACACCUGCUGAUUUGAGCACGAUCGGUGGAUAUUUUGCUCUUCCUCCGGCAAUGUCUGCUUUCCCAGAUCCGAUGAGCCUUUCGCCUAGGGAAGCGGACGAAUCCCCACCGCCAUACACGCCAAGCGAAACAAAUUUGAGAGCAAUGAAUGUUCAAAUGCAUCCUCAAAAUGCUGCUAUGAUUACCAAUAGAUCGGAACAUUCUUCAGCACUCAGUCGUUCAGCUAGCGGGAGACGUCAACCUGCUGCACAAAGACCAGUUCAAGAUCCAGAAGAUGAAGAAGAGGAUGACAAUGCUCUGUCUUUCUCGACAAAUGCAAGAAGGAAUCGAUCGAUGCAUCAAGGUGCGUCACAACUUGCAACUUCGACAAGCAAUGCUCGUAGUGGUCAACCAGUCUCUGUACGAAGUGAUGACGAAACAGAAACGGAAGUAGAACGAGGACCAGAAAGUCCAUCGAUGCGGAGCAAUGAAAGCUUAUCAUCUCCUGUAGCCCGUCACAGAGUAUUGGAGGGUGAGCCCUUAGCCAAAGAAGAAUGGAAUUAUAUCGAAAGGUUGGAGCGGCCGUCUAAAUUACGUCAAUUCGUAUUGAUGUAUUUGGUUUUACCUUUGCGUUUGCUUGCCACUGUGCCUGGAUUAAUUGGAACGUUUUGGUUGAUGCGAAAUGCAUUUGUUGUUGGUUGGAGUAGUUCGAUGUUAUGGAGAAAGCCGAUCGAAGGAAUGCAAGCACAACCUAGCUCAUUGGAAUUUGCUCUCUCGGCUUUGUACAGUAUGACAACUGCUUAUCACGCUUAUUCUUUCACCACUUUGCUGUUACGACGUUGGUUGCAUUAUUACUCCCUUUUACCAUCGCUCAUCAGAUUGAUCGCAUUGCAGGCUCUCUGUUGGCCUCUGGUACGAUUGACGCUGUAUACUAUGGGACCAAGAAAUCCCUUACCAGCUUGGAUCGUGAUCUCUACAACGACGGCCUGUAGCGAUACGAUCGCGCGUUGGGUGGUGAGCAAUAUUACCGAUGAAAGUGACGGACUUUCGAAUGCUGCUAUGGGCAUUGGUGAGGGCACAGGAGCAAAUGGAGAUCUCUCGGCGUACAAUAAAGGGAGGUAUGGCAGGUACGGCAGCGGUAGCAGGAUUGGACGAUCAUCAAUACGCUCGCAAUCGUCUACAAUUCGAACAAAAUCUCGUGGUGGGAUCGGAAUGGCAUUUUGGCGUGCAAUCAUGGGAGCGCCACCACGGCAAAGAUCUGGAAGGUUAAGUGCAACUUUAGCAGCGGCAGAACAUGGAAGACCACAUGGACUAGUAACUGAAAGUGAAGCAGAAAGUGAUGCGGAAUCAUUCAUGUCUCCAACUCUUUCACGUACACGAUAUAUAAACACUUCUUCAUCCUCUAUCAAUGCUACCAGACGAUUGGCAGAGUUGCGCAGACGCCGGAAUGGAGGAGAGGCUCUGUCUCCCCAGAUGGAUCCAGCUUCUGAAGGUUUGACAAGUGCAGGAGAAGGUGAAGAAGAUGAUGAAUUGGGCGAUUUACCCUCUACACUAGAUCGAACAUUGGCCGCCAAUGCACAACACAAGAAUAUUGAAAGAGUUGGAAGGAUUUUCCAUUGGGACGUUGCUAUUCGAAGGAAUGUCUUGCCAAUCGGCAUUUUGGCUUAUAUGACCAUGUGGGUUCUGUUGAUCGAAGAUGUACGAUUACGGCUGUGA